UAUAGUGCCUUAUAUAAAUAGUCGAUGUUCAUGUCUCCUUCAACAUUUGUAAUCAUAGUACAUACACACUUAGUAUUGAUUCAAAACCUUAAUAUGGUUAGUAUGAUAUCUUUACAGGCUGUGAAUGAGGAGGGAUUCAGAAAUCAAGCUCUGAAAGGUAUCGAAGCCCUGAAUAAGAAAGUUGAUGGUUUGGAGACGAAGGCUGAUAGGGAGGAUGAGUUUAGACGGCAUGUUCUGGAUCAGCUCAAAGAAAUGAAGGAGAGUAUCAACAACCUGCAUAGGAAGAUGGCUGACAGCAGACAUAAGGCGGAUGAAAAAACGGAGCCGUAAUGUAAACACGAUACAUGACGCGUGAAGUCGAUUGAGACCAGCUUGUGAGACAAAGAGUUCUAACACUAAUGGUCUGCAGGAAUAAGGUGUAUUUCUGCUCUACGGAGUAUGUAUACUAUAAUCACCGGGCAAUUUUGAUUGUUUUAUAUAUAUAUAUGUUGCACAUAACUAAGCCCGAACUAUGUAUUACAUCUUCAACUACGAACACUGGAGCAUUUCGUGAACAAGUGUGUAUUCCAUUACGUAGGUCGGCGUAUUUGCAGUGUAUAUACAUGCUUGCUUUUUUUACUCUAGUUGUAUUGAUAAGUUUUGGUUUUCAAUGUAUUAAAUAUUUGCACAUGUCGUUAAUAUUCGGUGUGAAUGUAAAUGAAUUUAGAGAAUGGUGAAAACGAACAGCAAUAACUUCGGUAUAAUUGUUUGCUAAGGAAUAGUUUGAUGAUAAGACAAAUCACGUUAAUACAGGCACAUUUGUCAGUCUAUACGUAUAUUGCAUUGAUAUCGACAGUGCAAAUUCAGUAUUGUCUGAAUCUGAGGUUAUGGUGUAUAUUCUACUUUUUCGUACUAUUACGUGGCCAAAUGUAUGUUUGCGAACAAAUAUAUACCUGUAUUGUAUACCUUUAUAUUGUUGUAUAUUUCUCAGUGCAGUUGUAUAUUGUUGGUAUUGGAAGAAUGUGUGUGUUCGAUGAAUGUGGUUGGUAUUGAUUUCUUUUUAAAAGUAUGAUUUUUUUUGUGUUACACAAUAGUAGUGAUAAGAAGUUUUACUAUGUUUUAACUCUUUUUUAAACGCUAACGAUAUUGUUUGCCUUGCAUUGUAUUGUUGCAUCAUAAAUGAUGUGCCUCUUAUGAUAUGUUUAAAAUUUCUGUAUUUGCAUAAAUGUGAAUAUUGUAUAAGCUUGUUAAUUUGUGUUCGUCCUUUGAUCGUUGUAUCUAGGGACAUAUAUUAUUGCAAUAAUAGUUAUGUAUCCAAAGGCUUGUACAAUAAGUUUGUUUAACAACACUAUCAUCAUUUUGAUAGCACGAACACCGUUGAAUAUGCUCCCAAUACUUAAUCACAAAAUCAUAACACUAACAUCUACUGUUUAACCUGUUUGGGGCAUUUAGAAACUGGGACAUGAUUGAAUGCACCGAGAAAAUUUGUCACAAUAAAAUUACGACUGAUGCACACACUUUUAAAUGUGUCUCUCCUUAUUAUUUUCGACAUAACUUUAAAUUGUGUCUACGUCCAUGUACUCCUUUUGAAAUGUAUAUAACUUUAUGUUCAAUAUACCAUACACUAUAUAUCAUUAUUUUUCAUUUUUAGCAGAUAAAAAUAAAAGUAUAUUUAGACACAUGCGCAAUUAAAUUGCAAAUGCAAUUGCGUGUUAUUAAUUUAAAAUGUUAAUGUUAUUCAUAUAACAAUUUCAAUGAACAUAUAUAUUUAAUGCAAACCAAUGUUUGUUAUGCGUAAUAACAUACAUCUGUAUUUUCAUACUGUAUGAUUUGUAAAGGGGAGUCUUUUUGAAUGUUAUAUUGUUGUUUAAUAAGAUGUUUAGUUUAUAUUCUAAUGUAUUUUUAUUUAAAACAGUGUGGUGUGAUAAGCAGGUAGUUACAUGAAGCGACUGAUGAAAAGAAUUGCUUAUAAUGAAACUAACAACUAAUUAAACUAUUACCAUUUCAUAUAAUGUGUUAAUGUGUGUCUUAACCUUCGUGGAUCAAUGUUUCGUUGAUUGAACUUAUAUUUGUGUAUAUAUAUUUCAUACAAAAAUGAUUUUGUAACAAAAUAGAUGAAGUUUUGUUUAACUGUGGUAUAACGGUAUUCCUACGGAUACCAACUUGAUAUUGAAUUUGAGUUUCAAUUUUCUUUGGUUUUUAGUUUUCAAGAUCCGAUGAAAACAUUAAAUUUUAUCAUGUAUUUAUAACGUGCGUUAAUCUAUGUAUUUGCAUUAUGUAUUAUUUCUAUAUGAUGUAGCAUGGACAGUUAAUUAAACACGAUAAUGUAUGACUUUAGAUAGGUUCAUACAAAUUACUUAUAUGUGUAGUGUUGGAUUGUUUUAUACUAAAAGCAGUUACGACAAAAUUCAUCAUGUUUCAUGAUCAGCACAUUUCAGCAAAUUUACAGUGCAGUUCUUUGUUCAUUCAUGAAACAUUUCAACAGAUCUUUCUUAAAGUUCUUCAUAUUUGUCUUUGAAAAACUAUAAAUACAAUGUUUAAUUUUCAUUUAGGUUCUAAAACAUUAGUUAUCUACUAUUAACAAGCUCCUCGUUAGGGUUUAUACGCAUACAAUAAUUGUAUAUAUUUGUGGUUUAUCCUAACGCAAUAAUGUAAUGAAUAAAAAUACUAGGCGGUGUAUCAUGGAGAGCUAAUGCAGUCGGUAACAGAUUAACAACGCUCACAAUAAAAAAAAUAGAAGUCCAUCAAACCUUCUCUGAUCUUCUUAAGAAUGUACAACGUGUUUAUGUCAAGAUUAAGUAAAUGAUUAUUAAAAAAAAUCAACAGCACCAAUUCCUGUUUAAUUGUUUUAUUUUACUGUUUAAAAAUAAGAUUUAUUUUGUUGUUUUGAUGUAUUUCCGUAAUAUAACCAGCGUUAUAUUUUCUUUGUAUUUUUUAAUGUCUAAGCUUUUAUUAAUAAUGUACUUUAUUGUAUUUGUAUUGUUUACUGAUGUAUGUGUUUAGUUUAACGUGCUUUUUUUCUCAUUUCAUUGAGAUAUGCAUACACUCAACUAUUCUUGUACAAGUGUAAAGUUUGUUCUUACAUUUAGUAAGCAAUGUAGAUCUGUAUACGUAGGCGUUUAUGCAUUUUUUAACAAAAGAACAUUGAUUUACAUGUUACAUAAGUUGCAGAUGUGUUUGUUUUAGUAGUAACAAACACAGGAACACAAUGUUAAGGUCUAUGUUUACGAGUGUAAAAGUAAGUAUGCCUUUGACACGUUUCGCUUUAAAUAUGAAUCAUUUGAAUAGCUAUAACAUACGAAGGAAAAAUGCAUAUAACAAGAGUCUAAACGCAAAUAGCCAAUAUUUUAAUAUGUUUUCUGUCCAUAGAUUGCAUUGGUCAAAAUGUUUAUGUUAGUUUACCACACAUAUGUAAUAAGACUUUUGCAAUGUGUUUGCCUUUAAAUCUUAACUAAACAAACACGUAUCUUUUAACGCGUUAAUUAAAUGCAUAUAGUUAUUAUUAUUUUAUAACAAUGAUAUUAAACAUAAUACAAUAAAUGCAAACUAAAUUGUACUAUGUUUUUAUUUUUAAUAGGUACGCCUUUUUUUUGCUGUCUGAUAUGUUUGUUUGACAUUCUGAAUGUUACUGAAGGAGAUAUAUUUGCAUUUCAUAAUUAUACUGAUGCAUAUUAUAAGUUUACGAGUGUAAAAGUAAUUCUUUGACACUUCUGUGCUUUAAACAUGAUUCAUUUGAAUCAUUUGAAUAACUAUAAGAAACGCAGGAAAAAUGCACUCAUAUAACAAUAGUCUGGACGCAAAAAAACAAAUUAUUGUAUAUGUUUUCUUUCAAAAGAUUGUCAAAAAGUUUAUGUUAGGUCACCACACAUAUAUACUAAGUAUUUUGUAAGAUGUUUGCCUUUGAAUCGUAACUAAACAAACACUUGUCUAUUAACGCGUUAAUUAAAUACAUAUAGUUAUUAUUAUUGUAUAAUACUUUUGUUUGGCUUGCUGACUGUUACUGCAGGAGAUAUAUUUGCA